AUUUAAACAGCAUACUUGCAAAGUGACUCGAAGCAGCUUUAUUUUGGCCUGUCUGUAUCAAGCCAAAGACUCACUCUGUGCUUAAGAUGUCCCAUGAAUCUACCGUGGAGGCCUUAUCUAUUUGUGCCUCUUCUACAGUGUCUCUCGUUUCCAGAACAGCUAUCCUCUGGAUUCAGGAUCUCUUUGCCAACCCUGAACUGGAUGAGAAGUCAUUGCACAGGGCUCUCUCCAUGUUGUAUAAAUGUUUUGCCUUUGUAGCUGAUGCCACAAAGGACUCUUAUCUGAUUUUCAGCUGGUAGUAUUGUGCCUAUACAGUAGCAUACAGGUUCAUCUGGCUUAAGCAUUGGCAUGCAGAUCAGCAUUCCAGAGUAACUCUGGCUACAGUUCCCUUGAUGGCUUUGUCCUGUUUGGGGAGAACGCCUUAAAGGACAUCCUUGUGGAAUCAAAGAAUAACGCCUUCCUUUCAGAAAAAUGAAGAUCAAUGUUCACUAGUGGCCUUACUGAGAGUACCCAGAAAGAGGUUCGGAUUGUUGGUGUUGAAGCAGAGUCCAUGCAUUUGGUAUUGAACUAUGCAUAUACCUCCAGAGUAACACUGACAGAGGCCAAUGUCCAAGCUUUGUUCACUGCAGCUAGUAUCUUCCAGAUCCCUUCUAUCCAGGACCAGUGUGCUAAAUACAUGAUCAGUCAUUUGGACCCGCAGAACUCAAUUGGUGUAUUUAUCUUUGCUGAUCACUAUGGGCAUCAGGAAUUGAAAGUCAGAUCACAAGACUACAUUCGUAAAAAGUUUCUGUGUGUCACCAAAGAGCAAGAGUUUCUCCAACUGAGGAAAGAUCAACUCAUAAGCAUACUGGACAGCAAUGACUUAAAUGUUGAUAAGGAAGAGCAUGUCUAUGAAAGCAUUAUAAGAUGGUUUGAACAUGAGCCCAACAAGAGAGAAGCCCACUUGCCAGAAAUUUUUGCCAAAUGCAUCCGCAUGCCCCUGUUAGAUGAAGCAUUCAUAGAGCAAAUUCCUCCAAUGUUUGCACAGGCUAUAGCCCAAAAUGACAUACAGAAAGGACAAAGUAGUGCCAAUGGCUAUACCCAACGUCUUGGAAUGACUGCUUCAGAAAUGAUCAUCUGCUUUGAUGCUGCCCAUAAACACUCAGGAAAGAAGCAAACAGUGCCUUGUUUAGAUUCUGUAACAGGGAGAGUCUUCAAACUAUGCAAGCCACCCAAUGAUUUGCGAGAAGUGGGGAUUCUUGUUUCACCUGAUAAUGACAUUUACAUUGCUGGAGGGUACAGACCAAGCAGUAGUGAGGUCUCCAUAGACCACAGAGCAGAAAGUGACUUCUGGAUGUAUGAUCAUUCAGGCAAUAGAUGGAUACCUAAAGCUCCACUACUUCGUGCCAGGAUAGGCUGCAAACUUGUUCAUUGCUGUGGUAAACUGUAUGCAAUAGGUGGUCGGGUUUAUGAAGGAGAUGGACGCAACUCACUGAAAUCCGUGGAGUGUUAUGAUAGCCGAGAGAACUGCUGGACAGCUGUCUGUCCAAUGCCUGUAGCAAUGGAGUUUCAUAAUGCUGUGGAAUACAAAGAUAAUAUCUAUGUUUUACAGGGAGAAUUUUUCCUCUGCUAUGAUCCUCAAAAAGAUUACUGGGUUUUUUUAACUCCCAUGACUGUGCCUAGGAUCCAGGGUUUGGCAGCUGUCUACAAUAACUCCAUCUACUACAUUGCUGGAACCUGUGGAAACCAUCAGCGUAUGUUUACCGUAGAGGCCUAUGACAUUGAAUUGAACAAGUGGACUCGAAAGAAAGACUUUCCGUGCGAUCAGUCCAUUAAUCCAUAUAUUAAACUUGUUGUCCUCAAAAAUAAGCUCCAUUUGUUUGUUCGAGCCACUCAAGUCACUGUUGAAGAGCACGUCUUCAGAACCAGCAGAAAGAAUUCUCUUUAUCAGUAUGAUGAAGUUACUGACCAGUGGCAUAAAGUGUACGAAACUCCAGAUAAGCUCUGGGAUCUUGGACGUCAUUUUGAAUGUGCUGUUGCUAAAUUGUAUCCACAGUGUCUUCAGAAAGUUAUUUGACUCCAGUGGUUUUUUUUACCCCUCCUUUCAUUGGUAAAAGGCCUUAGUGACUUUGGUAUUGAAUGCUAGCAGAAAAAUCUGUUUUUAACAACAACAACAACAACACAACUCCAAUUUUGUCAGUAUUUAUGUAAGCUAAAAUGGAUGGCUUUUUUUCCUUUUUUCUUUUUACAUGGGGAUGGGUGCUGUUUAAAGGUUGCAGUGGGGAGAAGAAUUAGUAGCUUAGUUUCCUAAUGGAUGUUUUUCUGCGGAGUAAGGUGAGUUAUGAAGUGCAAUUAUCAGCAUUUUCUCUGCUAGAGUCAUUUGAUCAUGUUCUAGAGUGACAGUUUGAUUAAAAGCAAGAGUAGAUGGAUUGGAGGGUAACUAUGCACUCCAGUACAGCAAAUCUAACAUGAAUAGCUAGGGUGAAGAGAGCAAGUUUGAAGUGACUCCUUAUUUAAAAUACGGGUAAAAUCUGAGGCAAUAUCACUUGUUUGCUGUGAUUUAGUGACACUAAAAAGGCAAAUACCCGGUCCUUAUACCUCUUCUGUGUGUAUAAUGGUACUGAAAUAUUUCAUGUUUAUACACUGUGGUAGCUUCUGAAGAUGUUGCAGCAGAACAUAAGCUACCAUUAAAAAAAGAGAAGGCCUACUUGAAGUGGCGGCAUUGCUUCUCUUCUGUGAGCUUAAUGUGUGUGAUCUUCUCUUCAUAAUCUUCCAGUGGCGUUACAACAGUCAUUUCCUAUUGUAGAGCUUCAUAAACAGUGAAAUAUGGUGGUCACUCCAUUAAGGGCUUAAACCCAAUGGUGCUAGUAGUACAUUUUUAAUACUUGUAAGUUGAAAUGGGUCAAAUGGAAUUGCCAAUGUAAGGCAGUCAGUUAGUAUUAAUGUCUAGUCUUAAGCAUGUUUCUUGCUGCUUUGUGUGUAAACUCCUAUUUUAUUUGAAUUUGUGGAGCUAGUUCUUAAGUAGAAUAAGAAUGGGCUAAGUAAACAUAAAGACUGUUUUGGGGGGAAUUGUUCCAUCACUUAGAAGGUUAAGCACUCAAUGCACUUUUUGUCUAUUCUUCAGUAACUUUGACAAUGCAGUUAAGACACUUCUAAUCAGCCAAACCAGUUUGAGUUAUCCAGCAAUCUUGUGUCUGCUUAUCUUGGAGUAAGCCCUAUUGGGCAUAAUAGAACAUACUUUUAAGUAAACAUGCAUAGGGUUGCACUGUGAUACAGGUGGUUAUUGGGAGCAUACUACUGGACCAUUUUGCAGCAACAUGGCUUGCAGACUUAUCACCUUGUCUUCCUUUCUGUUACUGUUUUGCCAUGUGAUUGAUUUGCACCUGGUGAAUUCUGAUAUAACAGUGAAUCUAAUGUAAAAACAGUUCUGGCUGUUUCCAGUACCUUUGGAGUUUCCCGAUUGUUGCCUAGCCUUCAGUUGUUUCUGGAGUUAUGUGAAUGUUUGCACUACUGAGCUUCUUUGUGAUCCAAGCAUAGCCACUUCUGCAAGUCAGUAGCUUGUGACAUUACAUCUAAGAUAUAUUUGAAGUAACUGAGUAAGACUUUGUAUUUUACAGAGCUCUAAUUAGUCUUACUGUGAUGGUUUUAAAAGUCUAAUGGUAUCUCUUAACCUGUGAUAUUUUUCUUUGUCAUGGAUAAGAAGCUGAGGAGCACAAUUGCUCAAGAGCAAAAUUUCAUCUUGGUUCAGUUUAAGUUUUGCUUUAAAAGAUGACUUGUGUCCAAGAAUGCUAGUUACUUUUGACUUACUAGUUAAGUCUGUCAAACUGUGGUUUAAGAAAUUAAAUGUAAAGCAGUGUUGUUUCAGUAAAUAUGGUCUGUUUGUCCCCAGUAAUAUUUUGUGUUCAUAUGAUCCCAUUUGGCUUUUUACAUUUUAAAUCUUGCACAAUAUAUUGAACACAACUGUGAAACAAAAAGGAUCAUAAAACCUCAUUCCAUCACAUACCUCAUCUUCCAGAGAUUCAGCAAGCAGCUUUUUCUUUGGGCUUCUUCAAACACCAUGCUGGAGGUACGUAGUCUGGACAUUGAGAUAAAAUAUCUGUAAGUAUCUGAAAUGAUGUGGUUAAAUUAUUUUUGUUGCCACUUGACCACUCUUGGUAUCAGGCUAAUGAAGAAUAUGUGGUUAGUUGCAGUUUACUUAAUGCUUAUGUCCUCUUAUUUAAUCUGAAACAAUACAGUCUCUCACUCAGCUCUUAUCUCAGUAGCACUUGGAUUCUCAGUUUGGGAGUAUCAAAGAUGCAAAACUCCGUAGUCAACCAUUUCCAGCAUCUGAUUCUGCACCUGACCCUCUGUGCAACUAAUUGGAAAUGUGAAUACCGUUCAAAUGGUUUGGGGUUCAGUUCAGUACUUCAGGGUGUGUGGCAUGUCCCUGUAAGCAGAAACAGUGGGAAAAGAAUGGAGAGCAGUGGAUUCUCCAGAUUUUGUAGAAUUAACUCCAGGGCUAAAAUUAUCAGGUGUACUAAGAUCCUGGGUUGUGUGGUCUGUGACAGCUAGUCUGCUAUCUUAGCUGUGAGUCCUUGUGUUUUCUCUGAAUAAAAGACUAAGGUUUUGAUGUCUCAAGUACAGUUGUGGAUUUUAAAAUAAGGUGUUCCCCCUCCCCGAGUUGGCUUGUCACAUGUAUGAUUGUCCAGUUUUCUUCUUGUUUAGUUGGCUAUAUUUAUGCUGUUGUAAGCCUUGUAGCUUCAAACCUUUUGAAGCGUCCUCCUUUAAAUGUUGCAUUAGGGUUAUUUUUUUGCAAAAAGGAAAAAAAAGUGUUUAUACCUUUCAAAAAUAUUCAGUUGAUAAAUCUUUUACAAGAGUGACUGCUGCUUCUUGACAAUCUUUCUGUAUUUAUUUAGUGGAGAGUUCAAUCUGACUUGAAGUUUAAGAAAUUAGCUUAAUUUAGUAAAUGACGCUGUCAUGUGAUGUAUAGAAAUGUAGUAUGCUGUGGUUCAGUCUACAGUAGUUUUGUUCUUUUCAUUUUUUAAAAUCUGCACUAAAUACAAAGAACUUUGUCUAACCAUUCACACUCUGGGGAUGGGGGAGGGUUUGAUUGUAGCGUCCUGGAAGGCUAACUCUUGAAAUAUUUGCCAUGAGGGUGGAAUAUAUUGAGUCGUAUGCAUGAGUAAUUUAAGCAGUAAUAUUAACUUUAGUUGUUUACAUGCUUUUAAAUUAUCCAGUGAGAGUUUACCAGCGCAAAGUUGCUUCUGAAAAAUCUGAUUUUAAAACAACCCUGCACAACUUAUCAGCAGACGACAAUUUCACUGAAGUUACCAUCAUUGUGCUGAUCUGUGUGUAGUUUCCUUUUCUCUUUCUGCCCAUCUUUUUGCUGCUCAUAUUAGCUUCUUGAGGCUUCACUCUUCUUUUAAUGUUUUUUAAAAAAGGCUUGGAGAAAGCCUGUUUUCCCUCUUGAGCUUGUUGACUUGAAGGCAGAGUCCACCAGGCACUGCUGAUGCACAUUAUCUACAGCUUUGCAUGUGACCCAUGAUAUUGAAGCAGGGAUCUGCAGCACCACUGGAGUCCAGUGGGCUACAGUCAUAGCUGGCAGUGCUCUACACUUGUGGUGCAUGUGGCUUGUGUAAUAUCAACACUCCUUGUGUUUCAAAAUCUGGGCAAGAAUGGCGUCAGAUGUUCAGUGCUCAGGUAUGUCCGUAAGAAGUACUGUAGUCCUCCGAGGGCAAACGUGGAUUUUUAAACAUUUUGCCAUAAUUGCACAAUUUUGCAUUUUUACUUAAUGUCAUGUUAAUUUUCUUAAAAUAAACUUGAUAAAAUUUAGUUGGAUCCAGUGGUUUUAUUUCCUUUGCUUGCUCAGGUUGGGAAGGCUGUGCUUUGUAUCAAUAACUAACAUUUGGGACUUUCUGCCUUCCAAAGCCUGGUUCAUACAAGGUUAUAGUCACAUCUUUCCCCUGCUUUCCACUUGGAACUCUUCUUCAAGAGCAUCUCUGAAAUCUUCCCCACAAGAGGACGCUGCCACCCUUUAGCUCAAAUAUAGAACUUUUGCAGUCCGUUGCUAGAGGAAACCUUCUGACAAAAUAUCUGAAAAACUGGCAAAUAUUGAAUAGUUUAUUGUGGGAGAAGAAAAAUCUUAGUUUUGUUAAUGGUGUGAAAUACAAUCAAGUUAAAAUGGAAGGGCUUGCAAUUCCUAGUUUAUAGAAAUGUUAUUUUCAUUUCAUUGGUGCAACUCACUAAGUUUAUUAAAUCUAGUGAAAUAGUAUGGGUUCAUAUAGAAAAGGACAUUUUAGGUAUAGCUGAUGCCUUUAUCUUUAACGAUUUUCAAGAAAAAAAUUGAAGCAGAUUGAGAAUCCCUUUCUGUUUCAGAUGUUCAGGAUAGGUUUUACUCAUAUUAAAAUGUGCCCUCAUCUGAAUACACCCUGAUUUUCAUCAAGGUGGUAAAUUUAACCAGUUUGUCAUUUGGGAAGAGAAAAGAGUUGUAGAUUUAGAGCUCUGUUUAUAAAUCGUAAACCAACAUCAGAAGAACAACUAGCAAAGAAAGAAGGAGAGAGAGAAGAGAAGAAUACUGUAUAUCCCUAGUUGACUGAACAAAUUUCAUGUCCUUGUGUUUGCCUCUUGGUUAUACAAGGAAACAUGCUGGUCCACUCUGCUCCCCUACAACCUUUGAGAUAUAGUGCCUUGAUACUACUACUAGAACUAAGGGGCUUGCCUCAGAUUUAUAAAACAAUUAUUGAGGCUAUACAUGUGUCCAGUAAAGGAUCUAAAGGUGCAUGGGAAGCUGGGCUUGGAGUACAGAUUGCCAAAAAAUAAAUGGGAUACAAUUUGGAGAUCUUCAAGGAGAGUACUAGUAAGGUGAUAUAUUAUUGGUAUCUGUGCCCCUUAUGACUACACAAGAUCAGUAAGAGCUUAUUAGAUGCUGGAGAGGCUGUAAUAAUGUUGGUCCAUUGGAACAUAUAUGGGUUGGCUGCCUUAAAAUAAUUUCAUUCUGGUAGGAAGUUUUUGAUUGGAUUAACAAAAUAAUUAAUCAAAAUGUAUGUGUGUCUUCAAGCUGCCCAUUCCCUUAUGGUAAGACCAUGAAUAGGUAAAGAACAGAAGAAGAAGAAGGCCCUUGCUGCAUCCACCAUCCAGAGGGAGAGAAGGGCAGGCCAGCUCCAUCGGGC